UCAUUUUUUAACUUGUUUGUGAGUUGAGUCUUUCUAUACGUAAGUUGUGUCAUUUUUAUGAAAAAAAAAUAAUAUGUGAGCUGAUUCUUUAAAUUGUGAUGUAUGUUCAAUUCAAAUUCCAAGCAAAGUCUCUCAAACCCAAAUCAACAAUGGUGGAAGAAGAAGCUCAAACCCUAGUUUUCACAAUCAUCAUCCUAAUCCUCACUCUAACAAUACUACUCAUCAAGAAACUCAAACCAACACAAAACCUUCCUCCGUCUCCACCGUUCUCACUUCCAUUCAUCGGCCACCUCCGCCUCCUCAAACCACCGCUUCACCGCGUUUUCUUCUCCGUCUCUCAAUCACUAAACGAUUCUCCGAUCUUCUCCCUCCGCCUUGGAAACAAACUAGUUUUCGUCAUUUCUUCGCACACGAUCGCCGAAGAAUGCUUUACCAAGAACGACAUCAUCCUCGCGAACCGCCCGAGCUCGAUUGCUUCGAAACACAUAUCGUACGGUAGCUCAACCAUGGUCUCAGCUCCGUAUAGUGAACAUUGGAGAAACCUCCGGCGUAUCGGUGCCGUGGAGAUUUUUUCGAAUCACCGUCUUAAUAGCUUUACCUCUAUCCGACGUGACGAGAUCCGGCGUCUUAUAGUUUGUCUCUCACGUAACUCUUCACUUGAUUUUGCAAAGGUUGAGAUGACUUCAAUAUUAUCAGACCUAACAUUUAACAACAUCACUAGAAUGGUGGCUGGUAAAUGUUACUACGGAGACGGUUUAGAGGAUGAUCCAGAGGCUAAACACGUCCGCCAACUUAUCGCAGAGGCUGUAAGUUUUUGUGGUGCUGGAAACGUUGCUGACUAUUUACCGGUCUUGGGAUAUAUCACAAAUUUCGAGACACGGAUAAAAAAAAUUGGUGGUAGGCUUGAUGAGUUCCUUCAAGGACUAGUCGAUGAGAAACGAGCAGCAAAGGAGAAGGAGAACACUAUGAUCGAUCACUUGCUUUCUCUGCAAGAAACUCAACCUGAAUACUACACGGACCACACGAUUAAAGGAACUAUAAUCUCUCUUAUACUGGCGGGGACUGAUACUUCAGCGGUAACAUUGGAAUGGGCAUUGUCAAGCCUAUUGAACCAUCCGGAUGUACUAAAAAAGGCGAGAGAUGAAAUCGACAAUAAAGUUGGUUUAAACAAGCUUAUGGAAGAAUCAGACAUCGCCAAUCUUUCUUAUCUUCAAAAUAUUGUCUCUGAAACAUUGCGGAUGUACCCCGCGGCGCCAUUGUUGGUCCCUCAUGUCGCAUCAGAAGACUGUAAAGUGGCAGGUUAUGAUAUGCCGAGUGGCACGAGGUUAUUGGUGAAUGUAUGGGCCAUACAAAGAGAUCCUCAGCUAUGGGAUGACCCCACGAGUUUCAAGCCCGAGAGGUUCGAGAAAGAAGGAGAGAGUCAUAAAUUAAUGGCGUUCGGGUUAGGAAGGAGGGCGUGUCCUGGGUACGUAUUAGCUCAACGGCUAGUAAGUUUGACUCUUGGGUGUCUGAUUCAAUGUUUUGAAUGGGAGAGGAUUGGAGAAGAAAAUGUGGAUAUGAAUGAAGGUGGAGGACUCAUAAUGCCUAGAGCUAGGCCGUUGGUAGCCAUGUGCAGAGCACGUGCCUUUGUUGGUGAAAUCCAACAAGAGUCUGCUUGAUUUGUUGACUAAAGUAAAUGCUAAUACAUGUAUUUAGGCAACAGUGAUGUCUCUAUGUGUUGGAGUGGAUUGCGAUUACAUUCUAAUUCUGUGAAAAUCUACCA